AUGAAAUCUCAAUUAGAAGUUCCAGAAAGUGAUUGCCUUUAUGCUUGUGUACUCCUGGUAAGAUUCUUAUUCUCCGUUGCUUUCUAUUUCCAACCUGUGUAGUACUAAUAGCUUGAAGCACAAUAUCUUCCGUUCCUUUUCCAUAUGCCCUUUUCUUGUUCAUACUUGAUAAUAAAUACUUCUUGUUGUUUCUAUUGUUGAAGUUCUAAUUCAAUAUUAAGAUGGGUUCAAAAUUUUCUCGAGUCAAGCAACAUCUUGCAAAACGCGACAUAAAGGUUCUAAUGCUAGGUCUUAAUGAUUCUGGAAAGACUACCAUCCUAUACAAGUUAAGGCUGGGGGAUUUUGUUGUAACUGUGCCCACCAUUGGGUUUAAUGUGGAAGCUCUGGAGUACAAGCAGACCAUGUUCACCGUGUGGGAUGUAGGAGGGCAAGAUGUGAUUCGGCCUCUGUGGAGACAUUACUAUAGGAACACCCAGGCACUAGUCUUCGUGGUGGACAGUAACAAUAAACGAAGAAUCUACCAAGCCCGAAAUGAGUUGCAUCGCCUUCUUAACGAGGAUGAAUUGAGUGAUGCAACAAUACUUGUUUUUGCCAAUAAGCAAGACCUGCCCCAUGCUAUGCAUGUUUCUGAGGUUGCUGACAAACUCAAAUUGCACUCUAUUUCCCAACACCGGUGGCACAUACAGAGUUCUUGUGCCACAACCGGGCAAGGACUUUACGAAGGUCUGAUCUGGCUAACCAGCAAUGUUCCAAACAAAGUGAGCUCGUGCAUCUCUAUCCGAACAAGCAGAAUCUGUGAGGCUACCUUCACAUAGCUUUACAGAUUCAGUAAUCUCUUGCAUCAAGCGUAGAGAUUAUGACGAUCGGCAUCUUCAUUUUUCAUGUCAAAAUUUGAUUACAAUCGAAUUGCUUGAAUUAGAGAUUUGUUCAUGGUUUUUUGGAUAGAGAGGUAUGCCUGGUUGUGGUGUUUGGACUACUUUCUUCAAACAUUGAUAAGCUAAUGACCGCAUUCCAAAUGCAACAAAAUAUAUGUAUCUGGGUCAGUUUGGUUUA